UCUCUCUCUCUCCCUCCCUCCUUUCUCCAGUGUCAGUCUCCAGGAUUUUCUCUCUUCCUAUUUCAAGAAGACUCGCACAGGCUCCCCCAGUCUGUGUGAAGCUGAGGUUUCCCUGGAUCCCGUACAUCUCCAUCACAUACCUCCACGCACACACCUCCCCGAGAGUCCAGCGCUCACACCCACAAACACGCGCGCACACACUCGCGCCGGCCUGUCCAUCUCCCUCCGGGGGGAGCCGGCGCGCGGUCCCACCUUCGUCGCACACCCUGGCCAGGCGAGCUCGCAGCGCUCCACGACUCUGCGGCUCGGAACUCGGACCGCUGCUCUGAACGCCCCCACUGUGGUAUUUAAAACAGAAAAAGAAAAAAAAAAAAAAAAAGACAUUUAUUUGCCUUCUCCUCUCUCGCCUUUCUCGUACCGUUUUCUACCCCAGCGGCUAGCCGAGCCGGCUGCAUUCCCCAGCCAGCCCUGGUUGGCUUGCCAUCCUCCAUCUGGCUUAUAAAAGUUUGCUGAGCGCAGUCCAGAGAGCUGCACGGCUCGUCCCCUCGGCUGGCGGAAGGGGGUGACGCUGGGCAGCGGCUAAGGAGCGCGCCGCAGGCUCUGGCGGGCUUUCGGCUCCAGGGGCAAGGUGAAGAGCGCAUAGGGAGCUGGGGGCUGCCGAGGUGGACUUGCACGUUUCACCAUGCCUUCUUGGAUCCGGGCUGUGAUUCUUCCUCUCUCCGGGCUGCUGCUGUCCCUCCCGGCCGCGGCGGACGUGAAGGCUCGGAGCUGUAGCGAGGUCCGCCAGGCUUACGGUGCCAAGGGAUUCAGCCUAGCGGACAUCCCCUACCAGGAGAUCGCAGGGGAACACUUACGCAUCUGUCCUCAGGAAUAUACAUGCUGUACCACAGAAAUGGAAGACAAGUUAAGCCAACAGAGCAAACUGGAGUUUGAAAACCUCGUAGAAGAGACAAGUCAUUUUGUGCGUACCACGUUUGUGUCAAGGCACAAGAAAUUUGAUGAAUUUUUCCGAGAGCUGCUGGAGAAUGCAGAGAAGUCCCUAAAUGACAUGUUUGUCCGGACCUACGGCAUGCUGUAUAUGCAGAAUUCGGAGGUAUUCCAGGACCUCUUCACUGAGCUGAAAAGAUACUACACAGGGGGUAAUGUCAACCUGGAGGAGAUGCUGAAUGACUUCUGGGCUCGGCUCCUGGAGCGGAUGUUCCAGCUGAUAAACCCACAAUAUCACUUCAGCGAGGACUACCUGGAAUGUGUGAGCAAGUACACAGACCAGCUGAAACCCUUCGGAGAUGUGCCCCGGAAACUGAAGAUUCAAGUCACGCGCGCCUUCAUUGCUGCUCGCACCUUCGUCCAGGGCCUGACAGUGGGCAGAGAAGUUGCCAAUCGAGUUUCCAAGGUGAGCCCCACCCCUGGGUGCAUCCGGGCACUCAUGAAGAUGCUGUACUGCCCAUACUGCCGAGGCUUGCCUACAGUGAGACCUUGCAACAACUACUGCCUCAACGUCAUGAAGGGCUGUCUAGCCAACCAGGCGGAUCUGGAUACUGAGUGGAAUCUGUUCAUAGAUGCAAUGCUCUUGGUAGCAGAGCGACUGGAAGGGCCGUUCAACAUUGAGUCAGUCAUGGACCCAAUAGACGUCAAGAUCUCUGAAGCCAUCAUGAACAUGCAAGAAAACAGCAUGCAGGUGUCGGCAAAGGUCUUUCAAGGCUGUGGCCAGCCCAAACCUGCUCCAGCUCUCAGAUCUGCUCGCUCGGCUCCAGAAAAUUUUAACACGCGUUUCCGGCCCUACAACCCUGAGGAAAGACCCACAACUGCAGCAGGCACGAGCUUGGACAGGCUGAGGACUGUGUGGAGGACCAUGCAGCAUAGUGUCACAGACAUCAAAGAGAAACUGAAGCUCUCUAAAAAGGUCUGGUCGGCAUUGCCCUACACCAUCUGCAAGGACGAGAGCGUGACAGCAGGCACAUCCAAUGAGGAAGAGUGCUGGAAUGGCCAGAGCAAAGCCAGAUACUUGCCUGAGAUUAUGAACGAUGGGCUGACCAACCAAAUCAACAAUCCUGAGGUGGAAGUGGACAUCACACGGCCUGACACUUUCAUCAGACAGCAGAUCAUGGCUCUCCGGGUGAUGACCAACAAACUGAAAAACGCCUACAAUGGCAAUGACGUCAACUUCCAAGACACAAGCGAUGAAUCCAGCGGCUCAGGCAGCGGCAGUGGGUGCAUGGAUGACGUGUGUCCCACAGAGUUCGAGUUUGUCACCACCGAGGCCCCUGCAGUGGACCCGGACCGAAGAGAAGAGGAGUCUUCGGCAGCUCAGGGCAGCUACUCCCUGCUCUCCUGGCCUCUGGUCUGCAUGGUCCUGGCCCUGCAGAGACUCCACAGAUAAUCGUGGGCUUUGGUCAAAUGACACUGCAGUUUAGCUCUUCAGUGGCCAGCUCCCUUCUUUUCUUAAACUCUUGGACAAUGGACCACGCCACAAAAACUCGCCGUUUUCUAUAACAAGAGAGCAGUCUUGUGACCUGACUCCUUUUUUGUUUUCCCAAAGAGCACCCGGUGCCAGAGGAUCUGCUUCUGUCCUGCAGCUAUCUGUGGGGACCUUGUUUAUUCCAGAGAGAAUUCUUACUCAAAUCUUUCGUACCAAGAGAUUUUUUCUUACCGUCAUUUGCUUUUAUGCUGCAAAAUUAAAGGAAUUUCAUGUUGUGAGGGUUUAUUUUUUUUCUAACACCCCACUUAAAAUAACAUAAGAUAGGGAGAAAAUAUUUUUCCGUUUCAAAUCAGGCAAAACCCCAAGACAACUGCCUUUUGAACAAGGAAGCGAAUAAAGGAGAGAAAAUAGAGGAGCUCUUAUGCUAUCAGGUUUGGCGAUGACAGCCUGGAGCAAGCUUCUCUGUGACAAGCCAAGUUUACAAAAUGCUUCUGAGGAGAAACGUAACAUUUUUUAACAUGGUGGAAAUAUGCCGUUGUCUUGGAGGUAUUGUCUUGCACUCAACCCAAACUGAUUUGGAGGUACUGAUAGAAAAUUUAGGAUUCUGUCUUUAUAUGAGCGGAAAUCUUAUUGCAACUUGACACCUCUCUUUCACCUGCCUGAUGGCACGCUCACUGAUGGCAGCAUUUCCCAACUCCUAACACCUGUCCAUUGUAGCCAAUUGGCACCGACUGUCUUCAGUUCUUCACGGAUGCCCCUGUCAAGUCUCCUUCAUCCUAGGUCUUGACUAAGAAUCAUCUUCAUUGGUUCAGUCUCUACAUUGUCCACCAGUUUGACAUGAAUUAGACAUCUCAGCUCCUCGGCUCCUGACUGUCCCCCAAAUAAGAGUUCUCUUACUGACAAUGGCAAUUAGCUCCACACAUGAGCUUUUGUUACAGACUCUUUGAUUUGUGUCAAUUGGUUUCUGCAUCACGAGGGCAUUCUCUUACAAAAUAACUCACAACAACAACAAAAAACUCAAGACAAAAAAAAGAGAGGA